GACACUGGAGAGUAUAAAAGGGAGUGAGAAGAAGCGGAAGAAGAGGCUCCGCUCAGCUCCAAAGAGACGAAGAAGAAAGAACCACAGCGACGCCGCAACCAGUCAUGGCUGAUGUCAAGACCUUCCUCUGCAUCCUCCUCCUCGCCUGCUGCGUGACAGUGACACUGCAGCAGGUGCCCGUCGACUGCUGCCUGAGGAGCUCAGACAAACGCUUCGACAAAGCCCGAGUGGUGGACUACACGGAGCAGAGGGCCGGCAGAGGCUGCGCCAUCGAUGCCACCAUCUUGUUGACCAAAAGAGGCAGGAGACUGUGCAUGCCUGCUAAGGGGAAAUGGGUCCGAGCUGUGAAGAGCUACGUUAACCAGCUGAGACAGGAGUGUAAGAACAGCUUCCAGGAAACCCGCUGUGCAGGAGUGAAGCUUGGGUGAACAGGCAACGAUGACCUUUGACCCCUCCAGCCACAGCCACCACAAAUAAGUCAAGGAUGAGGCUGAAAUCAGAUCAUAAGAAUACGUGCAGGGCUUCCACCUGCUUGUGUCAAAAGCUAUUUGUUUUAUUCAUUUUGGUUAUUAAAAAAAUUGAACAUGAUGAAGGAUUUUUAUAUUUUUACAGAGUUAUAUUUGUUUGUUUUAUGAAACCAGGGAUUAAAGAAGCUUAAAAUGUGAAUCUGUACAGUUACUAAGCUAAACCAAGUCCAGUUCAUUGAAUCCAUUCAUUUGACUGUUUGCCUUGGUCAAAAUAAACCUUUUCCUCCUAA